UUUUUUUUUUCUCUUCUCUUCAUUGUUGUGGUCGAUCAAGAGAAUUGUAAUGGCAACACCAACUACUAACAACAACAAUUCUAAUACAAAUCAUGCUUCUGAUGAUGAACGAAAAGAAGCCAAGAUCGAAUUACGACCAUAUUAUGAAGAAACGGAUCGCAAAUAUGUACAGUAUCUCUUCUAUUCGACAUACUUGAAUCUGGUACCUCGUGGAGUUAAGUUGCGAGUUCUGUCUUGGCCUCCUGUUGUAUCUACGAUCUGGCUUUGUGCAUUUGCAGCUCUGGUCCAACUCACGAUCAUAGUGGUGACUCCCCUUGGCUGGCCUUGGGCAAUGAUGGUAGGUGUCUAUUCUGCACUUGUAUUUGUCAGUGUGGGUGGUGGACUUGUACUACUCUUGUGGUAUGUGGAUACAUACGAUGUUUCUGAACGUGUGUUGGAUGGGAUCGACAAUGAUGUUGGUGACAUUGAAUCAUUUUAUCGAGGAUGGCAUAUUGUGGACAACAAUGUGGAACACAACGAUGGAACAUUCAAACGGAAGGAUGAUGACAAUGGUGCUAGUAAGGGUCAAUUUUGGGUAUUAACUGUGAACGAUGAUGUAGUGGGUUGCAUUGGUGUGGACCAGCAUACAAAACCUGUGAUGAAAAAAGUAGAUCCUUCUCGUCGACGACGUUACGUACGUGCCUCUGAACAACCUCGUAUGACUUCUUCUCCUCAAGUGGCUCAAGCUGAAUGGCCGCGUACUGCAUAUGUUUUGGCUGUCAUUGAUGAUAUUGUACGACAAGUUCUGGUGGGUGCUACUGAUCUGGUGCGUGAUCGAUUCCAUACUCCUAAUAAUAAAGAAUCUCCACAGGAAAUCCUUUUCCCUGUCCAUCAAGAAAACGAAGCAAGUGUACGUCGGUUAGCUAUCAAGACUGAAUUCCAAGGUCAUGGACUCUCCACCCCUCUACUCAAACGUGUUGGUUUUUGGGCUCAUUCUCAAAACAUCGAUUAUCUGUAUGCUGAAACCGAUGAAUUGCAAUAUGAAAUGGAACAAGUAUUGGAAAAACGUCAUGGUUACAAGCUGGUAUCAAGAACAAAAUUAGGCUGGUACAAGACUCGUUCGGUAUGGAAAUUAGAUGUCAAAUACUGGAUGCAGACCAUCAUGGAACAACGUGCAAAAGAAAAGGAACUAGAAGAUCAACAAAAGGAAGAUCAAGAAUUAAAAGAAUACCAAUGAUAUCUGGACAUGACUUAAUAGAUUAUAUUCUUUUUUUUUUUUUUUUUUGUAGUGUAG